UGAAGUUGUCCACUCUACAAAAUUUUGCUGAAGCAUUCAUUUUCCGCUUUGAAGACUCGAAAUCGUGCUUACGUAAACUGUAAUAUGCAAGAAAAAUGUUUUCUCUACGAAUUGUUAACAGUGAUUUCUACAUCGCCGACCCAAUUCCUGAGUUCGAUGUUUGUCGGUCCAAAUUUCGCGGGGAUGCUUCAACUACUGUAAAAAACAAGGUUCCUGUUAUUCGUAUUUAUGGAGCCACUCCAAGGGGUCAAAAAACGUGUCUCCAUGUCCACGGUAUCUUCCCUUACAUUUACGUUCCAUACGAUGGAACGCAGCCGACUGACAAGUACAUUAAACAGUUUGCAACCAGUGUGGACUUUGCAGUACAGGUCGCUCUCGGAAAAGCUUCUUCUUCCCGUCGGCAUGUCUAUGAAAUCACUGUUGUAAAAGGAACACCUUACUAUGGUUACCAUGAAGGCGAGAGAGAAUUCUUGAAGAUUCUCUUAUACAAUCCAUUCUUGGUUACAAGGGUUGUUAGCCUUCUUCAGAAUGGAGCAAUCAUGAAUAAAGUAUUUCAACCUCAUGAAGCUCAUAUUCCUUAUAUGUUGCAGUUUUUUAUGGACUACAACCUUUAUGGAAUGAACCUGAUUCAUGCUUCUGGUGUCAAGUUCAGAGCCCCUGUCAGGCUUGUAGCAGGGGAAGCUGAAACAAUUCCUUCUCCAUCGAGCAAGAAGAUAACAUCAUCUCAACCAACUCAGACAUGUUCUUCACCUCUAACCCAAGUAUGGGAUGAAGACACUGUAUUCAAGGACUGGGUUUUGGGGUCCAACAUCGAAAGACUGAGCUUCUGUGAAUUGGAGGUUGACAUGCUGGCUACUGACAUUCUUAACAAGCAGGAGAUAGGAGUCAACAUUGGCUCGAAUCCUGGCCUUGCAGCCAUCUGGGAAGAUGAACAACAACGAAGAAGGGAAGCAAAUGAAUCCUCUCAAAUUGCUGCCCCACCAACAGAUGAAAGAAGACUUGUCCCAGAAACUGAGACAGAAAAGAAUUUCAAGGAAAGAAUUAAAGAAAUUAUAGAGGAAAGAGAUGCACUGAUACAAAGUCAGAUAGGAAAACUUGGACGAGAAGCAUUAUCUCCAAAAGAACUUGCCUCAUUUCAAGACUCCAUCUCAUCCAUGGCUGUAACUCAGAAGGAUGCAGCUUUCAACAAUGAUUCUUUGGAUGCAGGUGCUGUGCUACAGUUGCUGUCUCAACAUGUUGAUGAAUCAGUAACAGCUGCCGAAUCAUCUCAAGGUGAAAAAUAGGAUACAUGUGAUUAAAUCAACUACAGCUCAACCUUGAUUAUCCUGACCUUGAUUCUCUGGAUUUCUUGAUUUUCUAGACUUUUUCUCAGGUCCCAAUUUUUCAUGAAUGUUUAUUAGUCAUGAUCAAGAUCUGUAGCCAUAUUCUUUUCAAAACUACAGCGUUGAAAAGUGAAGUAAAGGUGAUCUUCUUUAAGACAAACUGUCGUAAUUCAACAUUUUAGGCCAACAGUUCUAUUAGUAGAGGGUUUCU